UCAUAGUUUGUGCACAUUCUUUCUUAUCGGAUAAAAAGUUUAUACUACUUAUUUGUGCUCUUCAUUCUUUAUGUGCAUUUUCAAAGUUUAUGUGGAUAUUGGUGUUUGCAUCCAGGGUUUGUUUUAUGCGAUAUUCCAAAAUCUGCAUUAAAAAUUGGUGGAUGGAAACGCAGCUGUAGGUUAACUAGGUCAUUGGACAACAGUGAUUUGUUCUGUAGCCAAUCGAAAUAUUAAUUAAUAUUGACCUUAGCUGUUUUUAAAAUGAGAAAAUAAGUGUAUUUAUACCAAACUAAAAGAAAUGAGACGAGAACAAUUUAAUAGAAAAUACUAUGAAAACACAUGUGGCUCUGUUAAACAUCACUUGGGAAACAUUUGAAAAAGAAUAAAAAUUUUGCAGGAUAGCUAAUAAUUUUGUCUUGAACUGUGUAUAAAAUAGCAGAAACCAGUCUAAAUAAAAGCCAGUCGAUUUAAAUAAAACAAACUGUGACUGAUUGACACUCUGAAUGUCAGUCAGAAGCAGUAUAUGGGUGCCUCCUGGUCAAAAUAACCUGCAUUGUGGCCAGCGGUAGAGUCUGACGCUGCAUAUCUGUAAUUGGUGUCAUGAGGAGCACAUGAUCAUGUGUGUCAAUGAAUGGUGAAGUGGGAAACUGAGCUAGAAAGGACACAGACAGGUUGGAUAACUGGACGGUGAUCGCGUUCGGUAUGAAACAUUGGCUGACAUGCAGCAGGUUCAUCCUUUACUGUUCAGGUACAGCCACAGGAAGCCGAAACCUGGACGCUUCACACCGGACUCAGUCAUGGAUCUCACACUAGACAUUCCCUGCAGAUGUCCUCGCUGUGGAAAGGGCUUCUUCAAGAUGAGCAACAACUGGAACUCCACCAAGCUGCUUGGGGUGCUGAUGUUAGCUAACUUCCUUAUCUACAUUGCGGUGGAAGUGUCCCGAAGCCACAACCAUGACCGAAGUGCCUUCAAGAAACAUAAAAUGAUACCUAAGGAGUUCUGGAAAAAAACGAAAGUCAGUACGGCAUUCUGGAAUCGAGAGCAGGAGCGUCUUGAUGACAUCUACUAUCUCCCUCUUGUGAACGCCAGUGAGCUGCCUCCUCAUUUUCGGGGAAUCCCACGUUGGCUGAAUCAUUCAUGCAAACAUGAUGUUAAUGUGACGGCACAGAUUGAGGACUUCAAAUCUCUUCCACAGCGAUUCCAAGACUUCCUGAUGUACAUGGGAUGUAGAUCGUACCCCUUGAUAACACGUGCACCAAAGGUGUGUUCUAAACCACCUUACCUUUUGCUUGCGAUAAAGUCUCUUGCGCCACAUUUCGACCGCCGACAGGCCAUUCGGGAAUCAUGGGGGCGAGCUGGAAUCCUUGAUGGACAGCGCAUUGCUACAGUAUUCCUGCUUGGUAACACGGCUGCAACGGAUCACUUCCCGGACUUAUCCAACAUGGUCAAACAUGAAGCGGAGACUUACGGCGACGUCCUGCUAUGGGAUUACCGGGACUCGUUCUUCAACCUCACAUUAAAAGAAGUCCUCUUUCUGGAGUGGUUUGGUUCGCAUUGUGCAUCUGCGCAGUAUGUCUUCAAAGGUGAUGAUGAUGUUUUUGUCAAUACACGCCAUAUGUUGGCUUACCUUGCCAAUUUUUCAAUAUCCAGCACACAGGAUCUAUUUAUCGGCGAUGUGAUUACUAAUGCCGGACCUCACCGGUCCAGACAACUCAAGUAUUACAUCCCAGAAAGUGUGUUUACUGGAGGUUACCCUCCGUAUGCAGGUGGCGGAGGAUAUUUGUAUUCAGGUAGUGUUGGAUUGAGGCUGAGAAAGAUCUCCCGCCUGGUCACAUUGUACCCGAUUGAUGAUGUGUACACGGGGAUGUGUCUGCAGAGGUUGGGACUGGUUCCGGAGAAGCACUCUGGCUUUAAGACGUUUGACAUUGAGGAGAAGCACCGAGAAAAUCCUUGUGCUUACAAAAAUUUGAUUCUGGUCCAUCCCAGGAGUCCACAGGACAUGAUAAAGAUCUGGUCUUGGAUAAAUGACCCUAACGCAGUCUGUCAGAUCACAUCAACACCCAAGACUAAAAAAACAAAAUACACCCCAUUAUAAUCAGUGAAAAUUACGAUGCUGGAUGCGACGUUCUAAGACACUUGGCUUAUCUCAAGUCACAUACUUAUGCACUAUACUAUGUCAUUUUGUAAUGCAGUCUAUGUAGUGCAUUCACACUGAAAAAACUCAAAUAGAAUAAAUGCACUUUAAUUUGCCGGAUGAUGUGCAUUAGAUUUUGAUGUCCAAAGUUUUAUUAUGGAGAUGUUUAUGCCACCCCUGAUGGUGAAUGCACUCAAUGUCAACUGAGUAAACUAAGUAAUGCUCCAUUUGGCACUUAACUCAUUAACCCAUGACACUAAACUCAAAUGUUUAGCUUGUCAUUUGGAACGCAACUACAGACAGUAAACUGCUAAACAAUUUUCAUUGAAGACUUCUUUUUAGCAUUUUGACAUCAGUAUUUAGACAGGGAUGGGGGAGGGGAAUUCAGGAAAAUUCUGCGAGCCGGGACUCGAACUUGGGACACCCGAAGCACAAUGGCGCUAAAUGUCGCAACAUUGCCCACCAGGCUAUAAGCACUGACAACUGAUAACCAGUUUUAUUGCUAAUGUACACCACAUGCUUGUGCAAUUUGAUGAGCUCAAAAGUUUGCGUGAUCUGUCUAUCUACGCUAAAAUAUCCCUAAAUUAGCAGUGUUUUUAUUUGAUAUUUUUCCCCAUUCAUUUGUAGGAUUAUGGGACUUUGAUCUUGCUUUCAACAAACCUUAAGUUUUCAAAAGUUCAAAAAACUUUUGACUUUUGUUAACAUGUUUAAUAGUUUAAAGUACUAUAUUUUCUGCGUUGUUGUUGUAUAUUAAGCUUCAGAAACCUUGUAAUAAACUGCCAGUGCAUUUUCUGUUAUUUCACAGACUUAUUUCUCUAUAUAUGAUUUCUUAUAUAUUUUAUUAUUACUUAAUACUACUAAAAUGUCAAUAAAAGUCUCUUUGUUAAACUGUAGAGCUGAAGUUUUAACAUUAAAAGUGGACAAAGCAGAGCUCAACAUCCCAUAAUGCAAAUCACAACCGUAAAUAAACCCAAAACACAAAAUACGGAAACUGGUAACAGAUAUUUUUUACAGUGUAGCUUCCAUAAUGUGAUGUUUAACUAAAAUGUAAGGCUUUAAAGAUUUCCUAUUAUGCUUUUAUACUCUCUUUAAUGUUAAAUAUUGCUGUUUGAUUGAGAAAAAGUUCUGACAAAUUUCAAAGCUCAAAAACAAAAGGAGCAAAUAGUGUACUAAGCAUAUUUCUCAAAGACAUGAAAGAGGUGGAUUUAUGCAUCCGUAUUCUACAUGUCUGUUUUUUUCUCAGAAAACUGUAUAUAUGGGGCAACGCAGUGGCGCAGUAGGUAAUACUGUUGCCUCACAGCAAGAAGGUCACUGGUUCAAGCCUCGGCUGGGUCAGUUGCUGUUUCUGUGUGGAGUUUGGGUAGAAUUGGGUGGGCUAAAUUGUCCGUAAUGUGUGUGUGUGUGUGUGUGUGUGUGAAUAAGUGUGUAUGUGUUUCCCAGUGAUGGGUUGCAGCUGGAAGGGCAUCCUCUGCGUAAAACAAAUGCUGGAUAAGUUGGCGGUUCAUAAAUCGCAUGCAGAAGUUUUGUUUGUUGUUAUUCAGAGCAUCUAAGACAAGAGCUGUAAAGGCCCCGCCUUUUUCUGGAAAGGGGGUGGGGAGAAGCAGCACCUCAUUUGCAUUUAAAGAAACACAUGAAAAUUGGCAUUUACAGCAUGGUACAAUGUAAAAAGUAUCUGCUACUUAGCAAUGAUUCACAGUGUUUUCCAUUUAUUUAUGUUGUAAAUUGCAUUAUAAGAUGUUGAGCUCUGCUGUGUCAAUUUUUGAUGUUGAAAAUUCAACUCUACAGUUUAACAAAGUGACUUUUAUUGACAUUUUAGUAGUUUGAAAUACUGUAAUGGAUAAGAAAUGAUAUAUAGGGAGAAAUAAGUCUGUAAAAUAACAUUGAAAUAAUACUGGCAGUUCAUUACAAGGGUUGUGUAGCGUGCUAUAUAACACCAACCCAGACAAUAUAGCACUUUACACUAUUAGAAAUGCUAAUAAAAGUCAUCCUUUUUAAACUUUUCAAGGUUAGAAGUUGUUGGAAGAAAGAUCAAGCUCCCAUAAUACAACUCAAAAGCAUAAAUAAAUAGGGAAAAAUAAUUUAACUGCAUCUUCUUGCGUAGCCCCGUUUCUAAAUCACGAAAGAUGGAAAACUGCUAAUUUACGGAUAUUUUUUUGCAGUAACAAAUGAUUUAUGUAGUAAAUUGCACUUAAACUGCGUCUUUUUAAAAAGCAUAAUAUGACAUCUUUAAAAAAAAAAGGG